UCCCCUACCCCGCCCCGCAUAUGGAAAACCCUAUUCGAGUAAAAAAGCCUCCGAUUCUUUCUAUAAAACUCCAAUCAAAGGCUCCGUUGGAGAUGUGAUUUCUGCGUCUGGAUCGAUUUGCCCUCGAGUCGGUGGGUAUACAUCCUGCUUUGUGGUAUUUAGGUUGCGUGACAUGAAGGAUCCUCUUGAAAGGACCAAGGUCGUACUGCGACACUUGCCGCCGUCGCUUACCGAGUCGGCUCUUAUGGAGCAGAUUGACGACAAGUUUUCCGGCCGUUACAAGUGGUUCUUCUUUCGCCCGGGGAAGAACAGUCAGAAGAAUGGAAGAUAUGCUCGAGCUUACAUUGAUUUUAAGAGCCCCGCAGAUGUCUUUGAGUUUGCUGAGUUCUUUGAUGGGCAUAUAUUUGUCAAUGAAAAAGGCACCCAGUUUAAGGUUCUGGUAGAAUAUGCUCCGUCACAAAGCAUUCCAAAAUCCUGGACUAAGAAAGAUGGCCGUGAAGGGUCUAUAUUCAAGGACCCUGACUAUCUAGAGUUUCUCGAGCUUCUUGCAAAGCCUACGGAAAAUCUCCCUAGUGCUGAAAUUCAGCUUGAAAGGAGAGAGGCUGAAAGAGCUGGUACAAAGGAGGCACCUAUAGUAACACCUCUUAUGGAUUUUGUUAGGCGGAAACGAGCAGCUAAGGGUGGAUCUCAGAGAACAUCUGGUAAUGGAAAACCAAGUCGAAGAGCUUUAGUUGGUGGUCAUGGCUCUAGUUCUUCCUCUAAACGUGGUUCUGAGAAGCGAAGAGGGCCCUUUUUGAAGGUGCAGUAUAUUUCAAAGGACAGUGCAAAAAAUGGUUCUGGCAAGGAAAAGCCAACAUACAUAUUAGUGCCAAGGAGGGAUGAACAGUUUACCGACAAACCCAGUAAAUUUCCAUUUUCUAGUAUCGAAAAUGACAAUCCGGAUGAAACAGGGACCGAUGCCAAUGGACUUGUAUCUGGAGUGCCGGUUUCUGUAGAAACAGGGAAAAAGGCACUUUUACUUUUGAAAGGAAAAGAACGUGAAGGUUCUCAUAUUCAGCGGCUUGCAGUGCCUGGAAGAAUUAUUAAAAGUAUAUUAUCUAAGGAAGGGCAUCAGGUGUCAGCAUCUCAACCAGACCAUCAGAUGAUUACAAGUAACAUAGAGAACGAUAUUCGCCCUCGCCGGCCACCUAUCCUGCACCCAAAUUCAAAGGAACAAGCUUCUGGUGCACCACACAAAUCUGCUUCUGAUGCUGAUUUAAAAUCAGAUAAAGUUGAUAAGGAUGCUUCAAGCGAAUUGCCUACUUCUGUAUCUAUUAGUGAUAAUAAGUUUGAAAAGCGCAUGAGAAAUAAAGAUAGACCUGAUCGUGGGGUAUGGGCGCCCCUUCAUCGCUCUGAUGCUUUUGAUGGACAUGGAGGCACUAAUUUGCUCCCAAACAAUGAAAUAAGGGCGGGCCAUAGAAACAAUAAAUUUGAUGCUCCAAGUUUAAAUAGAAGUUCAGAAUCUAAGAGCUUUGGAGGUAGCCGAGGGCAUCAUGCUUCUUUGGACAAUGGUGCCAAUAGGCAUUCAGGCCGGCGGGGAAUAGUUCAUGGUUCAAAAGAUUUGGAUGUCCCAGCAAGUGCAACGGAGACUAAACUAUCAAAAAGAGGCGCUAAUCCAUACGAAAAACAAGUAUGGGUUCAGAAGUCCGGCUCUGCUUCGUGAUUCUCCUUUGUCAUUUAGGUAUGUACAUCAAAUCUGGAUCAUUAAGGCGGCAACUGCACUACAUUGUCGAUAAAUGGCUUCGACUCUCCAAGCUACCUUGUCACCCUGUGCUUCUCUGACUCCACCAACUCAUAUAUCAAUAUGAGUUCAUCAAAUUGCCGCAUACUUCAUAGAAUAUUUC